AUGGCUUCUCUGCUCAAGUGGAUCCGAGCAUCUAUCCAUCCUCGCAGAGCUCCUUUACCUCCUCGGCGCUUCCCAACUACCGGGUUCACAAUUAUUCCGGCAUCCACAAUCCUCGAGGAAGAGCACUUCAACUCCUUCACGAAUGGCCAUUACUACCCUGUUAACAUUGGGGAUGUCUUCGCCUCCAAGUAUCAGAUGAUCAGAUCUCAUCGCUACGUGACCCUCAAAAUUUAUACCCGCGAUGAAUCCCAUACUGAAGAGUUCAAAACAUAUCAGCACAUAAGUCAAGCCAACCCAUCUCAUCCAGGAUACGGCUAUGUACGAACGGCGCUUGAUACUUUCAUCAUUCCCCGUCCUGGAGGCGACCAUCCCUGUCUAGUCCAGCAACCAAUGUGGGAUAGCUUUACCGAUUUGCUGUUUCGCAAUCCCCGUCAUCGGUUUACGGAGGAUCUGCUCAAAGCUGGUUUGAUGCAGGUAUUUCUUGCUCUAGACUACUUACAUACUGAAUGCAGGGUGGUCCAUACUGAUAUAAAGGGCGGUAAUAUUCUCCAAGAGAUUAGGGAUAAUUCACUCAUGGAAGCAUUUACUGCCGGUGAGAUGGAAAGGCCUUCUUCACGCAAACUCGCUGACGGGGUGCCGGUGUAUGCUUCGCGACGGUUCGGGCUACCCAUAUCAUUUGGUCGAGCGGUCCUCAGCGACUUUGGUUCUGCGGUACGCGGAGAUGAGAGCAGGGAUCAUGAUGCGCAGCCUGCAGUUUACAGGUCACCGGAGGUCAUGUUGCAGGUGGGGUGGAGUUAUCUGGUGGAUAUCUGGAACGUGGGUGUUAUGAUCUGGGAUCUGUUUGAAGGCAAGCAUAUGUUCUACGGGGAGGAUCCUGAUGGAAAAGGAUACUCGACACGUGCGCAUCUCGCUGAGGUCAUUGGUCUUUUGGGGCAUCCUCCGUUGGAUCUAUUGCAACGGGGGAAGCGAAGCCACGAGUUCUUUACUGAAGACGGUAUGUUAUCUUAG